GAGGCGGCGGGCUUGGCCUUAGCUUCCGAACCCGGCGGCCCCGUCAACUUCAUGGCCAUGGUGGACAACCUGCAGGGAGACUCGGGACGCGGCUACUACCUCGAGCUGCUCAUCGGCACUCCGCCACAGAAGCUAAAUAUUCUAGUUGACACUGGAAGCAGCAAUUUUGCAGUAGCUGGUGCAUCAAAUCCAGAUCUGAGCACAUACUUCAACACAGAAAAAUCAAGCACAUAUAAACCACUGGGCUUUGAGGUCACUGUUAAAUAUACCCAAGGAAGCUGGACUGGAACCCUUGGCACAGAUAUUAUUACAAUGCCUAAAGGAAUCAAUGGCAGUUAUACUAUCAACAUUGCAACCAUCUUUCAGUCUGAGAAUUUCUUUUUAAAAGGCAUUCAGUGGCAUGGGAUCCUUGGACUUGCCUAUGAUGCUUUGGCCAAGCCUUCAAGUUCUAUGGAAACAUUUUUUGAUUCCCUUGUGAAUCAAGCAAAGAUUCCUGACAUUUUUUCCUUGCAGAUGUGUGGAGCAAGUUUACCGGUUUCUGCAAUUGGUACCAAUGGAGGUAGUCUUGUCCUGGGUGGAAUUGAACCAAGCCUAUACACGGGAGAAAUUUGGUACACACCUAUUAAGAAAGAGUGGUAUUACCAGGUUGAAAUACUCAAAUUGGAGGUUGGAGGCCAGAGUCUUAAUUUGGACUGUAGAGAGUACAACGCAGAUAAAGCCAUUGUAGACAGCGGCACCACUCUCUUGCGCCUGCCAGAAAACGUCUUCAAUGCCGUCGUGGGUGCGAUUAUAGAAACAUCCUUGAUCCAAGAAUUCUCAUCCGGGUUUUGGAGUGGUUCACAGCUUGCUUGCUGGGAUAAAACUGAAAAACCUUGGACCUUCUUUCCGAAGAUCUCUAUCUAUUUGAGAGAUGAGAAUUCCAGCAGAUCGUUUAAGAUCACUAUCCUUCCACAGCUUUAUAUCCAGCCUGUUGUAGAGAUUGGUCAGAAUCUAGGCUGUUAUCGGUUUGGCAUAUCCUCUUCUACCAAUGCCCUGGUCAUUGGUGCUACAGUGAUGGAAGGAUUCUAUGUGAUUUUCGAUAGAGCUCAAAAGAGAGUGGGCUUUGCAUUAAGUACUUGUGCUGAAAUGGAUGGUCUUCCAGUAUCUGAGAUUGAAGGUCCUUUCUCAACUGCAGAUGUAGCAAGCACCUGUGUGUCCACAUUAUCCCUCCAUGAACCAUUGCUGUGGAUUGUGUCAUACACACUUAUGAGUUUCUGUGGACUUGUCCUUCUUGUGCUCAUUAUCUUACUGCUCCUUCCACCUAGGUGUCGUCGUCAUUAUACUGAUAAUGACAUUGUAAAUGAUGAAUCAUCUUUAGUACGACAUCGAUGGAAAUGAAGAAUUCUAUCAAGGCACAAGGAAUCUUGUGGUCUGCUUAGCAGAAUUUAAGGAUGGUCUGUUCCAACCAAAGGUGGAAGUCCAGGAUUCUCUUCCCAUAAACACAAGCACCACAUUCCACCACAGAAUGGGCUCCAUUUCUGCUUCCGCAUAAUUUUAAGCUUUAUUUUCUAUCUCUGAUUUUUGAACCAUAUAAUAUAUAUAGCCACUGCAAGUGCUACUCUACCAUUUCUAGUUGACAAUCAUACAGCUGAGCCAGUUAAUAUAUUGUUUUAAGUGCUAAUACUUUAUUCUAUAGUUUCAACAAGAUUGGCUUCUCCCCCAUCCAUCAAAAACAUAACAAACACAAUUAUAGUUUGGGUAAGUCAUUAGACAAAGCAGAAUGAUGAACCAAAAGCUCUAUUGAACUUUGCUUUUUGUAUUAUUCACAUUUGGAGGGUGUGUGAGGAUUCUGUUGGUUUCUUGUGAAACUUACCCACAUUAGUAGACCAUGGAAAGGGAAGCUAAUCAUUUAUGCAGAAGAAAGAAGCAAGGCAGAGUAAAAAGGGUUUCCCCCCCUUUCAGACAGGAGAAUAUCUGUUACUUUCAAUUGAUUUUCCUUUGUGAGUCUCAAAGAGAUGAAAUAGGGAAAAACAUUGAAACCAAAACCUAUUGUGCAGCCUUAAUAUAAAACAAGACUACCUCUGAAUUUACAAGGAUGCUAUUCAUAAGUAUGAUGCAAGUAGAACUGCUCUUGACAUAGAAAAAGAUCCCUUUCCGCAGGAAUAGAACAAUGGCUAUUCAAUUGUCCUUUUGAGCUUUUUACCAUUUAAUGACAUUUUAAAACUUUUUACUUCAGCAACAUGUUUACUGAAUUCAUGCAUCGCUAAUCUUGAGCCUUUGUACAUGCAUCUAGCAAAGCAGAUGGGCUGUAAAGGCAAAUGUCUCUCUUUACACCUUUUGAUCUCCGUAACAACUAGAAAUUGAAAUGAAAACAAUGCAGUGUAAGGUGAAUCUCUUUAAUCGAAAGGUAGCCCAUUUGGCUAAGGCCACAGCUGGGAAAAGCAAAGUUUUCAUGAAUGAACAGUGAACUAUGUGGUGGGCCACUUAAUUAACAUGGAUUCCGCCCCUCCCCACCCCGCUUAGCCUGCUAUUGCAACAGUUUCAACUAAGGAUUGAUUUGCACAAAUGUCUUGUUCCCUGCCAACUUCCACCCAUGAUUAGUAUAUUAAAAAGAUAAUCUGUGUUGAACACAGUAUAUGGCAAUACCAGGCCCACAAGUGAUUUAGGACAGGUUGACUUCUUUUUUCACAGAUGCCACGGGCUGAAACACUUGUGUGAAUAGGCUCUAGCA